AUGAGCAACGAGGAAACGAAAACAUCUGACCCCCAGCCCGUCGCGCAGAGUGCCAUGAUCGGACAUCCUGUGGAUGUGCCUCCUGUCGCUAUGGUUUAUAUGCCAGAUUUCGGUCAUGAUCCGGUGUCCCUAGAGUGCCCAAACUGCAAGAAUAAGAUCAUCUCAAGGGUUGAGCACGAAUCUCAAUGCGGUACUUACAUCUGCUGUGGUCUGCUGUGUUUAUUAUUUUGGCCGCUAUUCUGGUUGCCUUUCUGCUGUGAUGCCUGUCAAGAGGCCAAACACACUUGCCCGAAUUGUCGUUAUCAUCUCGGCAAGAAGGUUUUCAUCACUUCAUAGUA